AUGGAAUUAAUUGCCAGUGAUAUCAACGGCUCCGGAAAGUUCGAUGAACGAUCGGGCCUGAAAGGGACAAAUAUAAACAAAGAAAGUCACAUGGAGGAUACCAAAAAAGCUGAAGAUGAUUAUGAUGAAGAAGAAGACGAUGACUAUGACCCAACUUCUAUCAAAGAACCAGUGUUAAGUAGUGAUAGUGAGGGCGAACAAGAUACUCCAAGUGAAGUCACCCAAGUGAGGACUAGGAGGCAAAGGUUUGAGGAGGUUCAUCAGAAGAAAUCCCUGUUAGUCUCUGAAGUCAACAAAGACUUAAAUUUCGAUGAUAUAUUCAGGGAUUUGAAAACAAACAGUUUGAGCGGGAAAGGGGCUCAAAUCGUCGAUUGGGAUAAAGAAGUGGAAGUAGAGGUGGCAAAAACUAUAGAAAAUGAUGUGCAAGUUGAGCAGAUCGAUGACAAGGACAAAAUUUGGAUUAAAACCUCGUACACUUUCGCUGGAAAGAUCAUAACGCAAUCGAAACAGGUGGACGCUAAUUCUGCUGAAGCUAAAGCUUAUCUCAAUUCCACGGGACUUCAAAUGGUAGAUGACCAACCACAUAGGUCAUUUGUCCCCGUUUUAAGGACUCCCAAGGGAUUCGAAGAACCUAUUGAAUUGAAGAUAAAAUUAAAGAGACCUUCGCUUAUUGACAAAUUCUUACAAACCGGAAACAAGAAAAUGAAGCUAUCUACUUUGGAAAAGUCCAGGUUAGAUUGGGCGAGUUUUGUUGAUGAAAAUAAAUUGAAUGAUGACUUGAAAAUUCAUAAUAAGGGAGGUUAUUUGGAAAAACAAGACUUCUUGGGCAGAUUACAAGCUAAAAGGGAUGAAAAUUACGAGGCCGCAAGAGAUGCUGAUAAGGCCAGAAAAUUGCAAGAAGGCAAUGUUUAA